AUGCAGCCGCGCGCCAAGUCCGCGUGCCAAGACGACUCGCCCCGCACGUCGAGCGUCAAGGACCUCGACAGCACGUCGUCGUCGUCGUACUUUAUCGAAGGCCCCUGGGAGCACCGCAACCGCCGGUUCCAGAACGUGCUGCUCCACGUCUGCAGCUUCAUCCUCAUCCUCGAGUUCGCCGAGCGCGUGAGUUACUAUGGCAUCAACCAGGGCCUCAAGAACUUUAUGGGCCAGCUCGGGUGGUCCCAAGUGGGCUCGAACUCGCUCAAGAGCACGUGGACGUCCAUCUGCUACUUGUCGCCGCUCCUCGGCGGCUACGUCGCGGACGAGAAGUGGGGCCGCUUCCGGACGCUCUGGGUCUUUGGCGUCUGGUACACGCUCGGCGCGUUCCUCCUCACGGUGUCGGCCCACCCCAUGUUCCUCGAAGAAACGCACGGCAACCGCGUGCUCGCCAACGUCUUGUGCCACGUUGGCCUCUUUGCUGGCGUGGCCGUAGGCACCGGCGCGAUCAAGGCCAAUGUGAUUACGUUUGGCGCCGACCAGUUUGACCCCAACGACCCGAACGAAGUCACGCAGAAGGAGCACUUUUUCAGCUACUUUUACAUUGUCAUCAACCUCGGCGCGAUCUUUUCCUAUGGCUACUUGUCCGUGCUCUGUGUCGAAGGCACGGGCGCCAUUGGCAAAGAGUAUGGCUACUUUGCGUGCUUUUUGAUCUGUGGCGCGGUCAUGGUGCUCGCCUACGUGCUGUUUCUCAUUGGCUCGCCGCGGUUUGUCCACUUUGUCCCGCAAGAUAGUGCGCUCACCAAGUUGUGCACGAUCGUAAGGGGGAACCGAGCGUUCAGCUUUGAAGCGAGGAUGCUGUACUAUGGACUGGUUGCGUUCGGCGCUGCGUUCCCGUUGAAUCUCCUGGCGUCGUUCUUGUCCGACUGGCUGUCCGUGGGGCAGUACUUGUCGUAUCUUGUCGUACUCUUCUGUGCGUUUGGCAUGUACGCGUGGAUUCGAUAUGGCAUGAACACGGCUUACAUGGACAAGUCGAAAGCGUCGAACGGCGGCAAGUACAAUGACGAAACCGUAGACGAGAUCAAGAUGGUGAUCCGCGUGCUGCCGUUUGCAUCGUUCAUGAUCAUGUGGGAGUGCGCGUACGACCAGCUGGAUGCAAACUUCCAGUCGAUCGCGCAGCAGUGCGAUCUGCGUGUUGGCGCUAGCAGCGUCAGCGACUACGACGCGGUCCAGAUUCCCGGUGCUAGUCUCGGCAUUUUCGACCCGCUUACGAUUAUUUUACUGAUUCCUGUGCUAGAUGGCUUUGUGUAUCCAGUGUGGACAAAGUUGUUUGGACAGCCACCUAGUGCGUUUGGAAAAGUGCUGACGGGGCUUAUCGUCGCUACGCUGACUCUGGUGUGGUCUGGAUUCUUCGAGAUCAUUCGACGAGACAGUGGCGUGAUCACUUAUGUAGACGAGAACGGCGGAGUUCAAACCAUUCCGAACAAUGGGUCCAACCAACCGAUGAACCACACGUCCUGGGCGUAUGCAGUUCCAAUGUAUGUGCUCAUUGCUGUGGCCGAAUGCCUGAUUAAUGUGACGGCCUACGAGCUGUUUUACACCGAAGUGCCGGUGUAUCUGAAGAGCACGUGCCAGGCGAUCAAUCUGUUCAUGGUUGCGAUGGGAAGUAAUUUGACAUCAACCUUCACGCUACUGUUCGAGCGGUAUAUCACGGACGACCUCAACGACGGCCACUUUGAGUACAUGUAUUGGACGCUCGGUGCACUUAGUGUAGUCAACAUCAUUGCCUACGUGACGGUCAUGAAGUGGAUGGAGUUUGGAAUGGCGCGCUUCGAUGCGGACGAUGAGUUGCUCGAUGGCACAGUGUUCGACAGCCAUGGAGAAAACAUCACAAGCAUCCAGCGGCACUCGUCGUUUGAGAGUAUUUCGUUGUCCAGAGGGUAG